CUUCCAGCUUUUGUUGAGUGGGAGGUCCUAACCUGCUCUAUAAAGACUGUUUGCUCAGUGGAAGUGUGAGACGGACAACGAGAGGCUGUUGAAUCACUUCGCGGUGAAGAUGUUGAGGAUCACUCUGCAGUUGUUAGUGGGAGUGCUGGUGUCAGGCGUUGCUUUGUGCGACGUCAGAUGUCCAGAUGGGAACCGUUGCCCCGAUUUGACCACCUGCUGCUUGACCGCACGUGGAUACCAAUGCUGUCCAUACCCAAAGGCCGUGUGCUGCUCUGACCUGGCCCACUGCUGCCCCGCAGGGUUUCGUUGCAACCUGGCCACCCAGCAGUGUCAGAAAGCCGACCAGCCGUGGUUGAGCAUACCCAUGGCGGAGAAGGAGGCCGCCGAGGAGCCCAGCAGCCCCGUUCUACCUGUGAUUCCUCUUCAGGAGUCCGAAAACGUCCCCGAGCAAGUGAAGAGCACGAUUGUCCACUGUGACAACUACUACCACUGUCCCGACGGCACCACUUGCUGCAGGCACCCCAAAGGCGCCUGGUUCUGUUGCCCCUACUCUCCUGGGAGAUGUUGUGCGGACGGCUACCACUGCUGUCCAUACGGGUACGACUGUGACCUCACUUACACGCACUGCAUAAGAACCACCCUGAGGUAUCCUUUCCCCUCCAAACAAGCUCUGUCUUCAGUCCCUGCCUCCCUCACUUCAACUCCAGAGGACAACAGCAGCUUGGACGAGGAACCGAUAACGGCUCUAACCGAGGCCCUCAGCAACAGCGCCCCUGAGGCUGGAGUCAUUCGCUGCGAUAACAGGUUUUACUGCCAGCAAGGGCAAACCUGCUGCAAGGGACCCACAGGCAGAUGGGGCUGCUGUCCCCACCCACUGGGCCAGUGCUGUCGAGAUGGCAGGCACUGCUGUCAGUACGGAUACACCUGCGAUCCCUCCUCCAUGACAUGCAGAAAAUGGUACUCUGAGGUUCCCGCUGGAGCACAAGAAGACGCCGAAACACUCUGAGGACACAUUGUGUGAAGUACGCUGUGACCAUUUAUCUCCGUUACGGUUGAGAUGAAGUAUAACGAUGCUUUAUAGCUACAUAUCGAAUCAGAUCUGUCACACUAAUAGACAGCUAAUGAUUACAUAAUGUGCUUGCAACAGCGUAAGAUUGUUACUAAUAUCUACUGUCUAUUUGCUUUUAAAAUCAUAACAAAGGUACUGUAUGUUUGACUCUCAACAGAGAGUCACCACUCAUCUUUACUGACAAGAUUUCCUGCAACAGUAUUUUCAGAAUGCUGAGGGAUUUUUUUUUUUUAUAGAAUUAGACAAAUCAUGGAGAGCUUUUUGCCAGCCUCAAAUGGCUUCAUGAUCUUUUGUACUGAGAAGGAAAAACAUGGACAUGGACAAAAUAAAAAAUAUGAAAGUGUCAGUUGAUUGUGUUUUGUUGCUUGCUGUGUGACUGGGUAAUAGACCCAGGAUGAGAUUUGAGUGUGUGUGUUACUUGAACAUUAACAGAAAAUUAAUAAGAAAAUGACUCCACCUCCUUUGUGCAGAAUAAACAUAAAGGGAACCACGUGGGUCUUAAGUUGUGAAUGAAUUGAUGCAUGUAUGAUAUCUGUGCAGAAACAUGGACUUUAUUGAGGCCAAAUACAAUCCAGUAAAA